AUGGGUCAGCCAGGAAAUGAUGUCGAGCAAGAGAGAAUCCGGGAUUUAUCAAAGUAUUAUUGUACUUUUGAUCAGCCAGUCUCUACAAGCGCAGACCCGGAUCAACAUGACAUCUCACAGGACUUAACAUCCCCUCGCCUUUCAAAUGAUACCACCCUGACUGCAUUGACACAACUGGGUGUCUAUCGCUUUGGAUGCAAUCGGUCUUUUGUUUCAAUCAUCGACGGAGAAAAUCAGCAUGUCAUUUCAGAGGCAACCGCGUCGAUCUCUCUUCGAAACAAAAAUCUUCAUCGCGCGGAUGAUGGUAUAUUCCUGGGUGUCAAUACACUGGACUUGCAAUGGGGAGUGUGUCCCCACGCCAUUCGACUUUUCACUGGACAAGAUACUUCCCAGAUACUAGACACGGAGAAUAUAACGGCCAACCAGACACGCAACAUCAUCCGCGAUUUCACCAAGGAGGAUUUCUACAAAGAUCGCCCGUAUGUCCUUGGCUGGCCGUUCUUUCGGUUCUACGCCGAGGUGCCAUUGUACAGCCCUUCCGGGUUCGUACUAGGUUCAUAUUGUGUAGUGGACAACAAGCCUCGAACGAAAUUUGGAGACGAGGAUGUGGCUGCUCUUCGGGAGAUUGCCGACUCAAUCUCAAACCACCUUGAAAAUGCGCGGAUCGUUCAAUAUCAUCGUCGUUCGGAGAACUUGGUCAAAGGAUUGACAAACUUCGUCAAAAGUCAUUCGAAAUUUGACCCUACUGGCUCUUCCACUCAAGGUCAGAUUGAAGCAUCUGCGAAGAAACUGAAUUCUGAAGAUCUGGGGUCAAUAACCACCCGAAGCGAUGUGGGUGGAACGAUCGUUUCUUUGCCUACGGAAAAGGAUAUUAGUGUCUAUUCACCGCUUGAUCAAGGUUCGUCUACCAGCCUCAAUGGAAAAGAAGCGUCGAUCUUUUCUCAAAAUAUGCCUUCCGUGUCAAACUAUACACAGCCAUCAUCGCUUUCUCGAACCUCGGACCGAGACGAACCGCUAUCAUCUUCCGUGGAAGGACCCCCGGAAUCAUUAGCGCCAGCCAAUGUGUCUAUCACUGAACGCAUAGCUGCGAUUUUUGCCCGUGCCAGUCUCCUACUGAAAGAGUCUUUGGAUCUGGACGCCGUGGUCUUUCUUGAUGCCCACCGAAAUGACCCGCAAUUCGAAUUUUCUGGACGGCAUGAUGAUUGGGAUGCCUUGCCGGAGUUUGCGACAGAUGCCCCCACCGCGCCUACUAGCCCUUGGGAUCUUCCUAAUCCAAAUCCGCCCAAAGAUCCAGAAAAAUAUUGUGGCUCUUUGGGUCAGGCUAUAAGCUGCAAACCAACUAAGAGCAACCUUGAGUCCAAACGCCCGGUCACAUUGACUGAAGAGUUGCUGCAUUCGUUGAUUACACACUUCCCAGAUGGCCACAUAUUCAACAUAGACAGCAGGAGCAAUCCGGCCAGCCCCAUUGAUUCUGUAUGUGGAAAUCCAGAGACUUCCGAUCCCAAUUUUGAGAACUUUGAGCAGAUUUCCCAUCGUCUAGCUCAUCAGCUCCCUGGAGCCAAGAGUGUGCUUUUCUAUCCUCUAUGGGAUUGGAACAAAUCGCGAUGGCUCGCAGGUACACUAGCAUGGGUAAACGGAAGUCAUCGUCCUUUAGGCAUAGAAGACCUACACUACUUUAAGGCUUUUGGAGAUUCUAUGAUCUCUGAAGUAUCCCGGAUACACUGGACCGCCAGUGAGAACUCGAAAUUUGACUUUGUAACUUCUAUUAGUCACGAGCUUCGCUCCCCACUACAUGGCAUCCUCGCGAGCGCAGAGUUGCUACAUGAUAUUCCGCUUCAGACUGCGCACCGUGAUAUGGUUAACAUGAUCUCAACAUCGGGACUGACCUUGCUGGACACAAUAGAUCACCUGCUGGAUUACUGUAAAAUCAACAACUUGGCAACCACGCAAAGUCUCAGCGUGACCAACACUGAGGAUUCUGGAACAAGCUUAGUUUCCGACUUCAAUCUCGGUUCCUUGGUUGAAGAAGUCGCUGUUAUACUCCAUACCAGCCGAAAGGCACCCGCGCCUGUGUCGUCUCUUGCGAGUGAAAUAGCUACUGCUACCUCGUCCUCGCAAUCCGCCUCUCAUAUUACUCAAGGUACCGAUGAAUUGUCAGUGGUAGUAAACAUCGAGCAGUCCAGGUCCUGGAUUAUCCAAUCAGUCGCUGGUGCCUGGAGGAGAAUAGUCAUGAACCUCCUCGGUAACGCAAUGAAAUGGACACAGACCGGCCUCGUCGAGGUAUCAUUGUCACAAACCGCAACUCAAACUCAAGCAGAACCUCACAUUGUCCACCUCCGUGUCACAGACACGGGCCAAGGAAUUUCACAGGACUUUCUCAGAAACUCCGCGUUCUCUCCAUUCGCCCAGGAAGACGCUCUAUCAGAAGGCGUCGGGCUUGGACUCAGCGUCGUGCGUAAGCUAGUGACCUUUCUGGGUGGUCACCUCAAAGUGAAGAGCGAAACCGGUGUUGGUACCCAGGUCGAUGUUUACAUCCCCGUACGGCGUCCGAGGAACCUUCUCCCUACCAAGCCAUUCGACGAUGCUUCCUCUCCGGAGGUGCAAAGACACAAGGACACUAUGAAGGCAUGCCUCAUUGGGUUCAGUGGCUGUCCUGACUUGACGGAGGAGCCCACUGGCAUUCUGAGCUCCGAUGCGAAACGAAAGCUUUCUAUUCAGAGUACUCUCGCCAAUGUUUUGGGGGUACAACUGGGAUGGCAUGUCGCACUAGCAGAGUCACUCGAGAAGGGAGAGGGUGAUAUCGCGGUUAUCGAGGAGGCAAAGUUCAACGCUAGGUUGAAUGACCAAUCACCCUCGACCAUGAAUACCGGCCAUGACUUCAAAUUCUUCAUUGUCUUGGGCAGCACGACAUCAUCACUAAGCUACUCUCUUGCUCCGAAUGCUAUCCUGAUGUCACAGCCAUACGGACCUCAGAAAAUCUAUGAAACAGCUCAAAAAAUAGUGCAUCUGCACAAUUUACAACCUCAAAUACGCGGCCCUGAACCUCCAAUUACCGUUCCACCAAAAACCCAUGAAAUUCUUCUGUCAGAACCUACCCCGUCGACCCUACCAGAAAUACCGGAAGGUCUUCCACAACAGCCUCCAGUUGAACUGGUCUGUCAGAGUAGUCCUAUCGGAGGCUCUCCGAUAAGAUCGAACGAUCAACCGAACGAUAUGCAUGUUCUAAUUGUAGAUGACAAUGACAUCAAUCUCCGGAUAUUGGCUACGCUCAUGCGAAAACUUGGAUGUAGUUACGACACAGCUUCUAAUGGACUGAUUGCAUUGGAACUUGUUGAAAGUUCAAGUCGAAGAUACGAUUUGAUAUUGAUGGACUUAUCAAUGCCUAUAAUGGAUGGUCUGGUUUCAACCAGUAAGAUCCGACAACACGAAAAAGAUCACGGUCUCCAACCCUCUCGCAUCAUGGCUGUCACAGGAGUCGCUUCAGCUACCAUGCAACAGGCGGCAGUGAUCGCAGGUGUCGACGAGUACUUGAUCAAACCUCUCUCUCUUCGUAAGCUGAAGAAGCUUAUCGAACCCACAUUAUAA